GCGGAAGCGAAAGCGGAAGCGGCGCGCGAGGGCGGAGGGAAGAUGGCGGCGGCCGCGGCGGCCCCCGAGGACGAGCUGGUCUCGUCGGUGACGCUCUACCGGCGGCGGCCGCGGCUGCUCCGCGGCACCGUGCUGCCCUUCGCCGCCGGCCUCUACCCGGCCUGGCUGUGGCUGUGGGGCCCGCGGCUGUGGGCGGCGGGCGAGGCGGCGGGGCCGCCCGAGGCGGCGCUGCUGGCGCUCGGCGCCAUCGCGGCGCUGCAGCUGCUCACGGCGCUGGCCGGGCUCUGGUCCGUGCACGCCGAGUGCGCCCUCAGCUGCGUCAGGGAGCCCUGUCCCCAAAAAGCCACCCUGGCCAAGGUGGUGCCGACCCCCAACAACGGCUCCGUGGAGCUGGUGCCGAUCCACAGGGAGCAGGGUGAGGACGGGCAGGAAGCGCUGAGCUUUGAAUUCCAGAAGAUCAAAUAUUCCUACGAAAUCCAUGGCAAAAAGCAAUUCCUGCCCGUGGCAUUCCCUGUGGAGCAUCCCCUGGGCUUCUACCAGAAUUCCAGGGGCUUCCAGGAGGAGCAGGAAAUGCGGGAGGCCGAGAGGAAAUACGGGAAUAACAAGGCAGAAAUGGUGGUGCCAGAAUUCCUGGAGCUGUUCAAGGAAAGAGCCACAGCUCCCUUCUUCGUUUUCCAGGUGUUCUGCGUGGGGCUCUGGUGCCUGGACGAGUUCUGGUACUACAGCGUCUUCACGCUCUCCAUGCUCGUGGCCUUCGAGGCCUCCCUGGUGCAGCAGCAGCUGCGCAACCUCUCCGAGAUCCGCCGCAUGGGCAACAAGCCCUACAUGAUCCAGGUGUACAGGAACCGGAAGUGGCGCCCGAUUUCCAGCGACGAGAUCAUCGCGGGGGACAUCGUCUCCAUCGGCCGCUCCCCCCAGGAGAAUUUGGUGCCCUGUGACCUCCUCCUGCUGCGGGGCCGCUGCGUGGUGGACGAGGCCAUGCUGACAGGAGAGUCCGUGCCGCAGAUGAAGGAGCCCGUGGAGGGGCUGUGUCCCGAGCGCGUGCUGGACCUGGCAGUGGACGGGCGGCUGCACGUGCUGUUCGGGGGCACGCGCGUCAUCCAGCACCUGCCGCCGCAGCGCGCCUCGGCCGGCCUCAAACCCGUGGAUAACGGGUGCCUGGCCUACGCCCUCCGCACCGGCUUCAACACCUCCCAGGGAAAGCUGCUCCGGACCAUCCUGUUUGGGGUGAAGAGGGUCACGGCCAAUAACCUGGAGACCUUCAUCUUCAUCCUCUUCCUCCUCGUCUUCGCCAUCGCUGCCGCAGCCUACGUCUGGAUCCAGGGCACCAAGGACCCCCGGCGGAACCAGUACCGGCUGUUCCUGGAGUGUGCCCUGAUCCUGACGUCCGUGGUGCCCCCCGAGCUGCCCAUCGAGCUCUCCCUGGCCGUCAACACCUCCCUGAUCGCCCUGGCCAAGCUCUACGUGUACUGCACGGAGCCGUUCCGGAUCCCCUUCGCGGGGAAGGUCCAGGUUUGCUGCUUCGACAAAACCGGGACCUUGACCAGCGACCACCUGGUGGUGCGAGGGGUGGCCGGGCUCAGGGAAGGCAAGGAGGUGCUGCCGGUGUCGGAAAUCCCGCUGGAAACCCACCGGGCCAUCGCCUGCUGCCACUCCCUGGUGCAGCUGGAGGACGGGAGCAUCGUGGGGGACCCUCUGGAGAAAGCCAUGCUGACGGCCGUGGACUGGACCCUGACCAGAGAUGAGAAAGUUUUCCCGAGGAGUCUAAAAACUCCGGGAAUGAGAAUUCACCAGCGCUUUCAUUUCUCCAGUGCCCUGAAGAGGAUGGCGGUGCUGGCGUCCCUGGAAAACGCCUCCGGAGAAAUCCGAUACCUGGCGGCCGUCAAGGGCGCUCCCGAGACCCUGCACGCCAUGCUGUCCCAGUGUCCCAGCAACUACCACGAGAUCCAUCGGGAAUUCUCCCACGAGGGCGCGCGGGUCCUGGCCCUGGGCUACAAAGAGCUGGGAGCCCUGAGCCACCAGCAGGUGCGGGAGAUGAAGAGGGAGACCCUGGAAUGUGACCUGAGGUUUGUGGGAUUCAUCCUGGUCUCCUCCCCCCUCAAAGCCGACUCCAAGGCCGUGAUCCGGGAGAUCCAGAGCGCUUCCCACCGCGUGGUGAUGAUCACGGGGGACAGCCCGCUGACCGCCUGCCACGUGGCGCGGGAGCUGCACUUCCUGCAGAAGGAGAGGAUCCUGAUCCUGCAGCCCCCGGAGCGCCCCGGGCUGCCCUGGCAGUGGCGGUCCCGGGACGGAUCCGUGGCUCUCCCGGCGUUCCCGGAUUCCCUGCGGGAUCUGACGGAUCCCUUCGAGCUGUGCCUGACCGGGGAGGGGCUGGAGCAGCUCCGGCUGCGGGACCGGGAGCGGCUGCUGCGCCUCAUCCCCCACGUCCGCGUCUUCGCCAGGGUGGCGCCCAAGCAGAAGGAAUUCGUGAUCACGGCGCUGAAGAGCCUCGGCUACUGCACCCUGAUGUGCGGGGACGGCACCAACGACGUGGGAGCGCUGAAACACGCCGACGUGGGCGUGGCCCUGCUGGCCAACGCUCCGGAGCGCGUUCCCGAGCGGAAGCGGCGGCCCCGGGACGGCCCCGGGGAUGGCAGGGCCGGAAUUCCGGCCGGGAAUGUCAAAGCCUCGUCCCGGGGAGCCAAGCAGCGGCUGCUGGCCCAGCGCGAGGAGCAGCUGGCCGUGCACAGGGAGCGGCUGAGCCAGGUGCUGAGGGACCUGGAAGAGGAGAGGGCCCCCGUGGUGAAGCUGGGGGACGCCAGCAUCGCCGCCCCCUUCACCUCCAAGCUCUCCUCCAUCCAGUGCAUCUGCCACGUGAUCAAGCAGGGCCGCUGCACGCUGGUGACCACGCUGCAGAUGUUCAAGAUCCUGGCGCUGAACGCGCUGGUGCUGGCCUACAGCCAGAGC